AGAAAAUUGAACAACUCUCCCAUAUAAUCUCCCAGGGACAAAGUUUCAGAUUUCAAAUUAGAUGUUCACAAGUUGGUCAGAGAGAUGGGCCCCAGAUCCGCCAAUUCCAUGACCAGAAAGCAGGUCGGAGAGAUGAGACACAGAUUCACCAAUUCCAUGACCAGAAAGUAGGUCAGAGAGAUGAGCCCCAGAGCCACCAUUCCAUGGAUCUGAAUUUUGUUUCGUUCUCUGCUCUCUUGGAGGUGCCGUCGCGCAGAGCGGUAAUAUCUUCCGUGGAACACUGUAGCGUCAAAUUCGGCGAUAGAUGCAGAGGCUUUUUGAGUUUCAGGUAGGACUUGAAGGUUGCUUCCACCGCCCGUUGCUUUGGG